CUAUCUGCGGCCCAUGACGAAAUAUCUACGACGGGGAAUCGAAGGCUGCGGAAAGUUGCGACGACCGAGCAAUUGAGAGAUACGGUAGCUGGGAAUAGAACUGAGGAGGAAGAAGGAGUUGGAAGUCGUCGAAGGCAAGGAGCAUUUGAAGCUCGGUGGAGGUUCGACUUCUAUCACUACGCUCCUCACGCAACAUCAAACGGUGAAUGGAUAUCGCGCGACAUUCUGUGAACAAGAGGCCCGACUUGACAUAUUUCACCGAGAUCUUGCGACAACCUCGCCGCAAACACCAGGACUACACAGUCCUCCGGUCAAUUAGAAAAACCAUAUGAUGGACUCCACUCUGAACGACAUUCCUGUGUCCUUGAGAUCAUGGCCCUCAAUCGCCAACGAUUCAAAUGCGCUUCCCACCCUCAUCCAGCGUAUUAACAUCGAGCGUGGGGGAUUCUUGAAUAUCACAGAGGAGAGUCUACGCCAGGAGAUCGCAGAUGAAGAACUUAAUGGACAAGAUGAGGAAGAUAGCUCAAGCUCCGACGAAGAGGAUGAGCCAGAUAAGUUGAAGGCGCUCAUGGCAGCUCGAGAAGAGCUUCUGAAAGAGAUUGAACAAGCACAUCAAUCCUCUCUCUUCGCUCUGGACUUCAUAUCCCUCCUCCUCACGAAAGAUGCCCCGAUCCAAGCUAUGUACACAAUGUCACCUUACCUCCAAGAGAUGAUCCCACCGAAAACAUUAGGUGCAGAUAAGUUGGCAGCUACAAAGCUUACGGAAGCACAAAAGGCAGACAAUAAGCAGAUUGCGAAAGGUUGGAAGGCACAGAGUCUUGAUAAUGCUGUCGAUUCGAUUCUAGCAUCUGCUACCCGACUUGAGAAGGAGAUUGAACAUGAGACGAAGUACUGGGAGCAGGUUCUAGCAGUUAGUGACAAUGGCUGGGCUGUUUGCAGGCUGCCGAAUGAGAAGCACACUUUGGGAGUUAGAUAUGGAUUUUCAGAAGCCUCGCCAGCCUUCAAGAAUCGAAGUCUAGCUGUUCUUCGGCGAAACGCAGACGGCUCAAUUUCAUUAGACCAAGGAAUAGCAGAAACCGAGCCCAAAACUUUGAGGGUUCGGAUACAGGUCGACGGAGAAUACACUGGCAUAUCCACUAUUCCCAAGGCUGUCCCAGAAGACGCCCCGAUCGAGAGCCUCAUCCUGCAAGCCCGCAAUACAGUAUUCGCUGAAGAACUCUGGCAAGAGCUCAAUCGUGAAGCUCGUAGUCUCGCCCCUAUCCAAGCCAAGGAUGAUACAUUGAUCUACCAACUCUCCAAAACAAAGACUAUCGUUCUAGACCUCGUAUCUCUGAACGAAUCUCGAAUUACUUCUACGAAUGACACUGACAAGUCCAUUGCGGAAGGCCUCUACCUGGCCCUCAAUCUCCUGCUUAGCUACUCUCACCGGCAAAAUUAUCGCCGCAGAACUCAACCUCGCAAGCCUAUCUCCCCACAAAAAGAACCCCCGCCUCCCAUUCUUCUUCUUCGAGGCGUGUUGACUCGUCUUGCUUACCAAGAAAGCAUCACUGCCCUGCACUCCUUAUUGGGGCCUCUUUGCUCGGUUCUGAAAGAUGCUUCAAUAACUCCACCUUCGAGCUAUACUUUGAUACCAAAUGUUGGGAAACCACCAAGUAUCCUCACCAAUGCAGAAAAGACAAUCAUGUCGUUGAUUAGCCAGCUUGAGGCCAAAGUCACACUCAGUAUCACCGCAAACACAACAAUAAAUAUUACACUCAACACGUACCUCAACCCAACAAACAGCCUUUUCCACGUCUCGCUCGCCAACCCAGAUGAUCCGCUACAUCUCACAUGUCCACCAUAUACACCCUACUCAUCCUUCGAAGCCCUACGCGACUACAUCUUCCAAGCAACAGCCUGCGCUCUAGCCUCGACCCUCAUCCCUUCACUAAUACCCGUCUCAAACGUCCACUCACCUCCCGCAAACGGAACCACGAAACAAAAAGAAGAAAAAGACUGGGUCCAAACUGCCCAACCCUCCCUCCUAACGAAUCCAAACACCCAAAAACAACUCUCGAUCUCCGUCCGCGCCAGAGAAGCAAACCGAGGAUCUAUAUAUUUUGGCAAGUCGGGUAUCUCGCUCGAUGUAGCAUGGGACAUCAUCCGUGAUGGGAACGAGAGAGAAGAUGAUGAUGGGCAGGGAGUGCGGAGCGAGUUUGAUUUGUCUGGAGAGGGG